AUGAAGUUGAACAUCUCCUACCCUGCCAAUGGCAGCCAGAAGCUCAUCGACAUUGAGGAUGAGCGCAAGCUCCGUGUCUUCAUGGAGAAGCGCAUGGGCGCUGAGGUCCCCGGUGACUCUGUCGGCGACGAGUUCAAGGGCUACAUCUUCCGCAUCACCGGCGGCAACGACAAGCAGGGUUUCCCUAUGAAGCAGGGUGUCAUGCACCCUACCCGUGUCCGCCUCCUCCUCGCCGAGGGUCACUCUUGCUACCGCCCCCGCCGCACCGGCGAGCGCAAGCGCAAGUCCGUCCGUGGCUGCAUCGUCGGCAUGGACCUCUCCGUCCUCGCUCUCUCCAUCGUCAAGCAGGGCGACAACGACAUCCCCGGCCUCACCGACGUCGUCCACCCCAAGCGCCUCGGCCCCAAGCGCGCCACCAAGAUCCGCAAGUUCUUCGGCCUCACCAAGGAUGACGAUGUCCGCAAGUACGUCAUUCGCCGCGAGGUCCAGCCCAAGGGUGAGGGCAAGAAGCCUUACACCAAGGCUCCCAAGAUCCAGAGACUCGUUACCCCCCAGCGUCUCCAGCACAAGCGCCACCGCAUUGCCCUCAAGCGCCGCCAGGCCGAGAAGGUCAAGGACGAGGCCAACGAGUACGCCCAGAUCCUCGCCAAGCGCGUUGCCGAGCGCAAGACCGAGAAGGCCGAGCUCCGCAAGCGCCGUGCCUCCUCCAUGCGCAAGUAA